AUGGCGAUUGACGGAGAAGACAACCUAGCAGCAGGCGGCGACAUGCAAUUGAUGGCAACGGCAACGGCAACAACUCAGGUGGCGAUGGCGUUCGACGGAGAGGAAAACCCGGCGGCGGCAUGCAAUCGACGGCAACGACAACAACUCAGGCGACGAUGGCCAUCGACGGCAGCGAUUGCAUGUAAAUUUUGGCUUGUUUUUUUCUCCUUCGUCUCUGUUUUUGGUUAUGAGAUUGGAGCGGGUGGAGGGAAUGGGAAGGGGUCAGUCGGCUGUGCUCUGCGUGGGACGGCGUCGAUGGAGAGCCAGAGGAAUCGAGGUCCUCGAGAAGACAGCGACGGAGUGGAGCGGCGACGGCCGUGA